GCCAGUCCCGCCGCUAUUUUAGCUCGGGGCCGCGGCCGGGCUGCGCCCCGCUCCGCCAUGGGCCCCCCGCUCCUCCUCGCCUGCCUGCUCGCCCCGCUCUGCGCUCGGGGUGCCAGCCCAGCCCAGCCGGGCCCCGCAGCCCCCCAGGGCUGGCGGCAGCACGAGGCUCCUCGGCGGGUGAAGAGGGCCUGGGUGAUCCCCCCCAUCAGCGUCUCGGAGAACCACAAGCGCAUCCCCCACCUCCUGGUGCAGAUCAAGUCAGACAAGCAGCAGCCUGGAGGGGUGAUCUACAGCAUCAAAGGGCCGGGGGUGGAUGAGGAGCCCCUGGGCAUCUUCUCCAUCGACAAGUUCAGCGGGAAGGUUUUCCUCAACGCCAUGCUGGACCGGGAGGAGAACGAUCGCUACCGGCUCAGAGCCUUCGCCCUGGACCUGGGCGGGGUCACCCUGGAGGACCCCACCGACCUGGAGAUCAUCGUGGUGGACCAGAACGACAACCGGCCGCUGUUCCGGCAGGACGUGUUCACCGGGCGUGUGGUGGAGGGGGCAGAGCCAGGGACCUGCGUGCUCACGGUGGAUGCCACCGACGCCGACGACCCCGACACGGAUAACGCGGCGCUGCGCUAUUCCAUCCUGGAGCAGGGCGCUGCGGGAAUGUUCAGCAUCAACGCCAGCACCGGGGAGAUCUGCACCGCACGGCCCGGCCUCGACCGCGAGACCAUGGGCGUGUACAACCUGACGGUGCAGGCGGCCGACAUGUCCGGGGACGGGCUGACCACCACGGCCGUGGCCGUCAUCUACCUGGAGGACAUCAACGACAACCCUCCCGAGUUCACCAAGGAGGAGUUCUCCAUGGAGGUGGAGGAGCAGGCGGUCGGUGUGGACGUGGGCAAGGUUUUUGUGCACGACAAGGACCUGGCGGGCUCGCCCAGCUGGUUGGCCAAAUUCACCAUCCUGGAGGGCGACCCCGAGGGCGCCUUCGCCAUCCGGACCGACCCGCACACCAACGACGGCGUGCUCUCCGUGGUCAAGCCGCUGGACCACGAGGUGCGGGAUCGCUUCGAGCUGACGGUGUCGGUGCAGAACGAGCGGCCGCUGGAGCCCUCGGCCCCCGCCAGCCCCCGGGCGCUGGCCACGGUGCGGGUGCGGGUGCGGGACGUCAACGAGGCGCCCGUGUUCCGCGAGAACCCGCGGCGCAUCAGCGUCCUGGAGGGGACACCCCCGGGCACCCCCAUCACCACCUACACCGCCAGCGACCCCGACACCCACCAGGUCCAGACCCUCAGCUACGCGCUGCUCUACGACCCCGCGGGCUGGCUGCAGCUGGACCCUCACACGGGCACCGUACGCACCAAGCGGGAGCUGCUGCACCCGUCCGCCUUCCUGCAGGGCGGCUGGUACAUCGCCCUGCUUCUCGCCCGCGACGAUGCCGAGCCCCCGCUCUCGGCCACCGGCACCCUCUCCAUCGAGAUCCUGGAGGUGAACGACCACCCUCCGCAGCUGCAGCCGCCGGCCGGGGUGCUCUGCGGGCGGCCGGGACGCGGGGGGACCCUGCUCCUGGGGGCUACCGACGAUGACCGGCCCCCCCAUGGAGCCCCCUUCCACUUCCAGCUCAGCCCCCAGCACCCCCAGCUCGCCCGCAACUGGAGCCUCGCCCGUUUCAAUGUUACCCACGCCGUGCUGGCCGUGCUGGCCGAGCUGCCCGAGGGGCUCUACUCGCUGCCGCUGCUGCUCCGGGACUCGGGGACCCCCCCGCGGGAGCAGCAGCAGCUGCUGAACGUCUCGGUGUGUCACUGCGGCCGGGACGGCACCUGCCUGGACGGGGCCCUGGCCGCGGCCACCGCCGGGGCCGGCAUCACCCUCGGGGCGCUCCUGAUCAUCCUGGGCAGCACCAUCCUCCUCCUGGUGCUGGCGGCUCUGGGCGCUGCGCGGGUGCGCGGCCGCCGCCGGGCGCUGCGCAAGGGGCUCCUGCAGCGCUCUCGGGACGACAUGCGCGACAACAUCCUCAACUACGACGAGCAGGGCGGCGGCGAGGAGGACCAGGACGCCUACGACAUCAACCAGCUCCGGCACCCCGAGCUCUUCUGCCCCCGGGCCAAGCCCCCUCUGCGCAGGGACGCCCCGCUCAGCUCCGGGACCCCCAUGGCCCCCCGAAAACUGCCCAGCAGCCCCUCGGACAUCGAGGAUUUCAUCAAUGAGGGGCUGGAGGCGGCUGACAGCGACCCCAGCGUGCCCCCCUAUGACACCGCCCUCAUCUACGACUACGAGGGCUCGGGCUCGGUCGCCAGCCCCCUCAGCUCCAUCGUGUCCAGCCUGACGGACGAGGACCAGGACUACGACUACCUGAGCGAGUGGGGGCCGCGCUUCCGCCGCCUGGCCGACCUGUACGGGCACUAGCGGGGAUGGGGGGCAGGAGGGGCCCCCACUGCCCGCGGAGGGGCAGGUCCCGUACAAACACCCCAGAGGAGAUGCCCAGAGGCAGCGGCAUCGCGCACGGACCCGCACGGGACGGAGCGGCUUUGCACACGCGUGUGCAGCGGCUGCACACUCACACCCGCACAGCCCAGCUCAGCAAACCUGGGGGGACGCCCGGGUGAGCCCCACACAGCCGGGGAGGGGGCGAGGAGACCCCCACAAUAAAGAGCGGGGCUUGGUGGCGGGGGUGUGUGACCCCCCCACCAGCGACCCGUAGAAACAA